AUGAAUAUUUUAGGCUGCUUGGUAACAAAGGAAGAAUGGGAUGGAUUGCCUCCGUUGCACGUUGACUAUCUUCCCAGGCCAGUGGACUUAGUUAUUAUACAGCAUACAGUGACACCUACUUGUAGCACAUUCGAGUCAUGCAAAAAUAUUGUUCAGAGUAUACAGAAUACCCAUAUGGAAGACCUUAACUUUUGGGAUAUUGGAAUGUCGUUUCUGGUUGGCGGUGAUGGCAAAGCUUACGAAGGUUCUGGUUGGCUACACGUUGGUGCUCAUACAUACGGAUAUAAUAAGAGAUCCAUAGGCAUAUCAUUUAUAGGAAACUUCAAUAAUGAUGAACCAACGCCACAGGCGAUAGCAGCGGCUCAAAAUCUUUUAAAAUGUGGUGUGGAAGAAGGACAUUUAUCUCCAGACUAUCACCUAGUAGGACAUAGACAACUCAUUGCCACUCAAAGCCCCGGACGGAAAUUGUAUAGAGAAAUAAGAACCUGGCCCCAUUACUUGGAAGAUGUGUCAUCCAUUAAAAAUUAA